UGUUAGGCGUGGGAGACUGCUGGAGCACUGGAAGGAGUGUGGCAUGUCUCACAGAUCACAGGUCUGGUCCCAGAGCCACCCUCUCCACAGGCUGGAACCACAAGCUCCUUGAGGCCCCGUUGCUUGAAGGGUUGACGGGUGGGUGACGAGACCUGCGGCCUUGAAAGCAGAGGCUCUGUAUGGGUGUAGGGGGUGGUGCUGGGAAAGCUGGGAGGAGGGCCUGAGCUGAGGAAGAGAUGUGGGACCCUCCCAGCCUGGGCUUCCCCUUCCUGCAGUAAGCCCCCCUGGGCACUGUGCGUGUGGGGCCUGUGAACAGGCAGCCGUCGGGCUCUGGUUCGGCCCCCUGAGACCAUCUGGCCCACGCCCUGGAGUUUGGAGAAGUCCAGACUCCCCCUCCUAGCCCCCUACUUACCUGCUGGGCCAGUUUCCCAGGUGGUGGAACAGAGGAGGGACGGAGGAGUCGGGACAGCAGUCUGUGCACAAGUGUGAACAAGGCUCCUCUCAGCACGGCUGGCAGUGAGUCACGGGGGGCUAGCUCCUGCACACCCCUUGCUUACUCCACCCGCAGCCUGCACUAAGCUGGGCCCCCCUCCUGGCGCCGUUACCCUUGUCACUGCCACCCAAGCCCUGCAUAUUCCUCAGGGCCCAGCUGUAAUGAGCCUCGCGUCCUCAGUGCCACAGUGGGGACUGGGUCUCCAGCUGCCGGCCCAGCCCAGCCCGUGGCUCUGACUGCCCCCACCUCAGACCAGCAGCUGCACAGAACCCUGGCUCUAGGAGGAACGUGAUUGGAACCCCGAGAGACCGACAGGUGAGCGAGAGGAUGCUGGCGGGGGGCGUGAGGAGCAUGCCCAGCCCCCUCCUGGCCUGCUGGCAGCCCAUCCUCCUGCUGGUGCUGGGCUCGGUGCUGUCGGGCUCGGCCACCGGCUGCCCGCCCCGCUGCGAGUGCUCGGCGCAGGACCGCGCUGUGCUCUGCCACCGCAAGCGCUUCGUGGCGGUUCCUGAGGGCAUCCCCACCGAGACCCGCCUGCUGGACCUGGGCAAGAACCGCAUCAAGACGCUCAACCAGGACGAGUUCGCCAGCUUCCCGCACCUGGAAGAGCUGGAGCUCAACGAGAACGUCGUGAGCGCCGUGGAGCCCGGCGCCUUCAACAACCUCUUCAGCCUGCGGACGCUGGGGCUGCGCAGCAACCGGCUGAAGCUUAUCCCUCUGGGCGUCUUCACGGGCCUCAGCAACCUGACCAAGCUGGACAUCAGCGAGAACAAGAUCGUCAUCCUGCUGGACUACAUGUUCCAGGACCUGUACAACCUCAAGUCGCUGGAGGUCGGCGACAACGACCUCGUCUACAUCUCCCACCGGGCCUUCAGCGGCCUCAACAGCCUGGAGCAGCUGACGCUGGAGAAAUGCAACCUGACCUCCAUCCCCACCGAGGCGCUGUCCCACCUGCACAGCCUCAUCGUCCUGAGGCUCCGGCACCUCAACAUCAACGCCAUUCGGGACUACUCCUUCAAGAGGUUGUACCGGCUCAAGGUCUUGGAGAUCUCCCACUGGCCCUAUUUGGACACCAUGACCCCCAACUGCCUCUACGGCCUCAACCUGACAUCCCUGUCCAUCACACACUGCAACCUGACCGCCGUGCCCUACCUGGCCGUGCGCCACCUGGUCUAUCUCCGCUUCCUCAACCUCUCCUACAAUCCCAUCGGCACCAUCGAGGGCUCCAUGUUGCAUGAGCUGCUGCGGCUGCAGGAGAUCCAGCUGGUGGGCGGGCAGCUGGCCGUGGUGGAGCCCUACGCCUUCCGCGGCCUCAACUACCUGCGCGUGCUCAACGUCUCGGGCAACCAGCUGACCACACUGGAGGAGUCGGUCUUCCACUCGGUGGGCAACCUGGAGACACUCAUCCUGGACUCCAACCCGCUGGCCUGCGACUGUCGGCUCCUGUGGGUGUUCCGGCGCCGCUGGAGGCUCAACUUCAACCGGCAGCAGCCCACGUGCGCCACGCCCGAAUUCGUCCAGGGCAAGGAGUUCAAGGACUUCCCCGACGUGCUCCUGCCCAACUACUUCACCUGCCGCCGCGCCCGCAUCCGGGACCGCAAAGCCCAGCAGGUGUUCGUGGACGAGGGCCACACGGUGCAGUUCGUGUGCCGGGCGGACGGCGACCCGCCGCCUGCCAUCCUCUGGCUCUCGCCCCGCAAGCACCUGGUUUCAGCCAAGAGCAACGGGCGGCUCACGGUCUUCCCCGACGGCACGCUGGAGGUGCGCUACGCCCAGGUGCAGGACAACGGCACGUACCUGUGCAUCGCGGCCAACGCGGGUGGCAACGACUCCAUGCCAGCCCACCUGCACGUGCGCAGCUAUUCGCCCGACUGGCCCCAUCAGCCCAACAAGACCUUCGCUUUCAUCUCCAACCAGCCGGGCGAGGGAGAGGCCAACAGCACCCGAGCCACCGUGCCUUUCCCCUUCGACAUCAAGACCCUCAUCAUCGCCACCACCAUGGGCUUCAUCUCUUUCCUGGGCGUCGUCCUCUUCUGCCUGGUGCUGCUGUUCCUCUGGAGCCGGGGCAAGGGCAACACGAAGCACAACAUCGAGAUCGAGUACGUGCCCCGCAAGUCGGACGCGGGCAUCAGCUCGGCCGACGCGCCCCGCAAGUUCAACAUGAAGAUGAUCUGAGGGCGGGGCGGGGGGCAGGGACCCCUGGGCAGGCCAGGCAGGGGAAGGGGCCUGGCCGCCAAGCGUCGCUCCUCAGUCCUUCCCGCCUCCUCCCUGGCCCUCCACACACAGCCCUGUUCCCUGCGGCUCCCCCCCNCCCCCCCCCCGCCCCCCCCCCCCGCCGGCUCUCACCGCCUGCGCUCUGUCUACCAGGACCUCCGCAGUCCAGGCCUGGGGACCCCACCUGCACAGGGGCACACGUUGCCAGACUGGAGUCGGAAGCCGACAGACCGACACUCGGCACAGCCAAUAAUUCAAUAAAAAAAAGUUACGAACUUCCUCUGUAACUUGGGUUUCAAUAAUUAUGGAUUUUUAUGAAAACUUGAAAUAAUAAAAAGAAAAAAAAAACUAUUUCCUAUAGCUAGUCGGAAUGCAAACUUUUGACGUCCUGAUUGCUCCAGGGCCCUCUUCCAACUCAGUUUCUUGUUUUUCUCUUCCUCCUCCUCCCCGUCCUCUUCCUCCUUCUCUUUCUCCUUUCUCUUCUCUUCCCCUAUGGGGAGGGAUCACUCAGGAAAACAGGAAAGGAGGCUCCAGCCCCGCCUGCCCGGGCAGCUGACAGGAGCGGGCAGGGGGGCAGGUGUGGGCCCGGCUCUGGGCUGGUUGUUUGCAGGGAGCAGGUGGAGGAGACAGGGCUGCCUGAUGAGGGUGGGGGCUGUUGGCCAAGCUGCCAGGAAGCACUACUGCCAGGGGUUGGGGGCCUGGCUUGGGUGUGGCUGAGACUCUGGACAGGGGCUGGGGUCCUUCUGGAGGAUAGCACAGUCAGUGGAGAGAGCCAGGGGCUGGAGACAGGACCGAGGUCUAACUUCUGGUCCCAGCUCUGCCGCUGACUUACUGUGUGGCUUCAAACAGGUCACUGACCCUCUCUGGGCCUCAGUCUCCACAUCUGUACAAAUGGAAACGUGACUCCCCGCCCUGCCUACCUCACAGGGCUGUUGUGAGGAACUGAUGAGAUGAUGUAUGUGAAACACUUUGUAAUCUGUAAAGCGCUGUGCACAUGUG